AUGGUGAUCAUCAUUGUGUCCUCGGUUUUGGGCGUGUACGUCAUGAUCUACGCCGGUAAGAACCUGUUCAACCCAGAUUCGGACACGGCGACGUUCCCCUACUGCUCGGAAGAGUUUCAGUCGGAUCCGUACUAUGCACUCACACGAUAUCUUGCGGCGUGUACGCACUGCCAGUGCAACGAGGCGUCUGCGCGGUCGUACUACGACUCCUUCGAUGAAACGCUGUUUGCCGAGAACAGUAGAGACCGAACGCUGGAGGAACGCGGUGCGGCGGAUGUGCUGGUCAAGUCUUUCGGGAAA